AUGUCAUCUAAAAUUGGCGAUAAAGCUAAUAAUGAUUCAUCGCAAAAUGGCAAUAAUUCAUCAACAAUAUUUAACAAUAUAUUUAAUAACACUACUACCAGUGAUAUAUUACCCACUACCACAGGGCCACCAAAUUCAAAUAUUGACAAUCCUAGUGCUAACUUUCUGAGGCCAAGUGGUAUGGUUGUAGGCAUAAAUGACCAAGUAUUUAGACAAACAGGUAUACAAAAACCAACUCUUCCAAUGAAAUUUGAUCCCAUUGGUCCAUUUGGCGUUGAUCCGGAUGAAGAUGUACUACCAUCACUAAAUACAUCGCAAUUUAACCCAAUAGAACCAUUUACCACUGCUGAACAAUUUCACUCAAUAGGUGCAGAGGAAUCAAUAAUCGACAAUUUUGGCAGGAGAGGCGGUCAAAACCCUAAAGGUUCAUCUAUGAACCACCCCUUUAAUUACUCGGGUAGAUCGCCAAAUUUAGGCGGAGGGUUUGCCCCCAGACAUUUCCCUUUCUAA